CCCGCCCUUCUCCGGCCUUUCUCGCCCUGGCAAGGAAGGGCCCAAAGGGCGCUCAUUCCGGCGGCGGGUGGCGCCUGCGCGGCCCCAACCCCGAGUGACGCGAGCAGUCUGGACGGAGCUCCUCGCCCGGCCAUGGGCGCCCGCUCGCCUGCGUCCUACCCUGCCUACCUUCUGAGCGGCUUUCUCUUGGCGGCCGCGUUGCCUCCCCAAGGAGCUGACGCCUGCCCUUCCAUUGCUUGGAUUUCAUUCCAAAAGAGCUGCUAUGCUUUACUUCAGGGAUCCUCUGAGGUCUACAGUAUGGAUGAUGCCAGGGAGCUCUGCCAAGGCAAUGCCUCUGGAGCUGAUAUUAUUAGUAUAAAUAGCAAAGAUGAAAAUACCUUCAUUCAAAGUAGUUUUUGCUCAAAUUGGCAUGGUCCAGAAUAUAUAUCUCUUGGCAUGUUUUUUGACACUGAUGAUGAUAUUUUCAAAUGGUAUGAUGAUUCCAAAGUAAAUUUUACAAACUGGAUAGAGGAAGAAAGUCACAAUGAACUCCUAAACACUUGUGCUACUAUGCAUACAGCUUCAGGUGGAUGGGAAAAAGUCUCCUGUGAACACCUUCCAUUGACUAAGAUCCUGUGUGAAACUACUGUUCUUUAUGAAAAGACACAUUUAUUUGAAACUGCUUGGAUAACCAUCAUAGUCAUAAUGUCAACAAUAAUUGUGUCAAUGUCUGCAGCAUUUCUCUGGUUUCUUUAUCAAAGGAGGAUAUCAUCUAGACCAAGAUGUACUAUACAUAAUUCCAUCACUCAAGUUCCAUGUGACAGUGAAACAUUUCUUAUAGAUGAAGAAGAUGAAUAUUCUGCUUAAAUUGCUUUCAUUUAGAUACUAUUACAGAAAGGGGCAAUGGCACAAAGACAACCUUCAACACCACUAGCACAAAUAUAAUCCAAAUGAAGAUG